CUUGAUAAUUGUUAGAGGUUAUGCUGCCACUGGGAGACGCGGAUUAUAUCAAGUCGAUUCCACAAGUAAUAACUCCUAUGGGAAAGAACCGUGUGCAUGUGAUGUUGCCGUGAUAUCGUAAUGGAUAUUCGGCGUAUUUAAAAGGUAGAGCGGAUUUUUCUCCCCCCUUGGAAUCUGGCUUGUUUGGAGGAGAUAUCUUCAUCAGCGUCAUGACAGAGUCCUCCAAACCGCCUUCAGGGAGGAGAAUGAAAGUUCCUGCCCCACCUCCACCACAGGCCCCCCACCCUGCUCCCCGUCAUUUGUUCAGGAACUCUGUACCUGACGGGGGUGGGACGUCGGCCAUGGAUGUCAAGGAGAACAUUCUGAGGCCCACCGUGGCUUUCCAGCUAACUCUGCCACGGGGGUACCAGGUUUCUGUAACCGAGGAUGGAAGUAAAGCUUUGAUGGACUUGCUGGUCGACCUGUGCGGCCGCCACCAUCUCAACCCGUCGCUGCACACCUUGGAGCUGCUCUCCCCCGAGGGUCACUCUCUGGGCUUCAAGGCGAACGCCCUGCUCGGCUCCUUCGAUGUGGCCUGCGUGCUCAUCAAGGAGAAAGUUGUGGAGGAGAGAGUGACGCGUAGACCAGCUCCUAAAGUGCCAGAGAAAACGGUGCGGUUGAUGGUGAACUUCCACGGCAACCAGAAGGCCGUGGUCCGGGUCAACCCGCUGGUUCCGCUCCAGGCUUUGAUACCGGCCGUCUGUGACAAGUGCGAUUUUGACCCUGCACACGUCCUCCUCCUGAAAGACGGCAUCAGUCGCCACGAGUUACCGCUGGACAAGUCUCUGACCGAGCUCGGCAUCCGGGAACUCUAUGCGCACGACCAGAGCCUAGUUUUACAGCCUAAAAGAGCUUCUGCCCCCGCUCUGAACAAGUAUGCAGAUUCUAUUUAUUCCAGUACUGCUAGUUUGGGAAGACCACAAAAGAAAGGGCUGUUGAAUAUUUUUCAAUUCAGCAAAAAGAAAUCAAAGGCUGACACAAAGUCUUCGGACAUGGAUGACUUUGAUGAUAUUGCAAUUCAAAACUCAGACUCAAAGUCCAAUGGUCUGUCCUCUGUGUCCGGGGUCACCUAUGGAGAGGAACGUCCUGGCCCCUUGGAGCAGUCUCAGUCCUUCGCUGAUAUUCCCACGAUGCAUGCCAAAGCCGAGUCCAAGAAGAGAAGGGCCCCGGCACCACCUGCUGUCCCAACACACAGACCGGGAACUGCAAGUUUUAAGAGCGAUCAGGAGGGCCCUGGUUCAGAAGGCCAAAGGAAGAGAAAGGCUCCCCCUCCCCCUCCCUCUCCCUCUCCCUCUCCCACUGCCCAGGACUCUGAUGAUGCUACAACGCCUGUUGUUCCUAUUUCGAGUCCCCGCAGCGGUGAAAUUCCCACACCAGUGCCCCGUACCAAGACGCCGCAAUCCCCCCUGUUCUCUGCGGCCUCUGUGGUCAUAAAGGCAGCAAAAUCAUCUCCUGGCGAAACGGCACAAGAGCCUCCGCCUGUGCGCAACGCCACUCCACCCCCCAGUACUCCAUCCCCCGGUUCUCCGACCCCGAGCAGCAGCACCACAGACAGCCUGGCCGUGCAGGAUUCCAGCUCCGAGCUCAGCCGCAGCCUCGACGACUCCGACGUGGACCUGGACCAGGCCGGCUCCCGCUGCAGCACCAGCAGCACGGCCAGCAGCUCCGUGCAGGUCCAGCCCGCGACCAAGAGGUCCAGCGCCGCGGCCAAGCAACCCAACAAAGAGGUGAAUUCAGACAGCAACUCCAGGUCGGACACCGAGUCGGCCCUGAACCUGAAGCUGGAUGAAGUGGAGAACAACAGACACAGCGGCAUGGUUGAGCUUCCAAACAGCUUGACCCCACAGGAUGACAUGGAAGUGGAAGAAGCAGCUGCCCUGUCUUGGCUUCAUUCCAGGAAGACUUCUUCCAGUGUCCGAAAACUAGAAACCACAGCGCCUGAGGCUGAGACUCUUUCUCUAGACAGCAGCAGCGUUGGCAGCAGCCUUCCCGACCAGGCUGACACUCAUUCCAAAGGUGCGACGGAGGGCGGGGAGUCAUGCAUUGUCAAUUCACCAUCUGACUCCCAGAUAACCGCUCACGAUGGCCGUUUAUCAGGACACGGAAGAAGCAGAGAGCAAGGAGAGGAACGAGUCAUCAAGGAGGCUUCAAGUGAUGAAGAAAAGGCCACCUGGGGAGGAAAAGACAGGCAUGAUGUCAGAGGCCCUCAUCCAGAAUCGGUCAACGGCUUUAACGAUGACUCGGAGCUUACUGUCCAGCUUCAUCAGACUUUGGCAGACCUUGCAGGCCAUGCUGGAACCAUCUCUCCCAAAGAUAGCCCUGAUACCAAGUCCAGAGACAGUAGUGAGGUCCCUGUGUCUGUAGUGGACAUGGACGUGCCAGUCACAGCCAUAGAUGAGGUACUGGAGGAAUAUGAAUGUGAUCUUGUAGAGCAUGAAGGGAAACCACUUACAAAGACUGAGUCAACUAGCAGCAACGUUCCUGGCUUCAGUUAUCACUUUGAUGAGGAGCGGCAGAACAAAAACAACAACGCUUAUACAGCUGCUCUCAGUUACAAAAAAGGCAGUGGAAGUUCAAAGCUCGCUGAGAAGUCUAGCCCACCGCAGGAGAUCAAAUCUACAGGUACUAAAAAGGAAAGAAAGGUACAAGAGAUAAAAAUUAAAGAGAGGGGGAUUGCUGAUACCACCACUGUGAAAGAGGAUACUCCACCACUGGCAGGGAAAUCCAGCUCUGAACUGCAGAAAACCAGCAGGCCUCCUGUGAUCGCAGCUGAUCUUGUGAAACACAAAACUGAGUCUGUACAACAGAAGAAGUUUGAACUUCCAGCAAAGAUUCAGAGGUCAGUUUCUCCUGAGAAGGUUGAAGCGAUGCACAAAGUAAAUCAGAUCAGCUCUAGUUGCAGUCCAUUGCACGGUAAAAUAAAGCACAAUGUCUCAUCACGCUUCGGUAUGAAAACAUUUACCGUGGUCCCUCCGAAACCCUCCGUCACAUACGUCACAGAGACGCAGCCAACUAACACAGGAAGUAAUUUUGCCAUUAGAAUUGAUGAUCAGGGGAAUAUGAUGGCAUUAGGCGUCAGUAACCUAAAACCCGGACAGUCACAAAAAUCACAGACUGAAAACAGUACCACUGUUUGUGAAAACGCCAAGGCAUUUUGGAGCUCUAACACAAGGCAAGAACAUUUGGCGACGCAAAGAAAAGGACAAGUUGACAAACUUAAGGACAGUACAGAUGCUUUCAGCAAUGCCCCUGCUGUUGGCUUGGAAGGCAAACUAAAGACCAGCAACCCAGAGUACCAGAAAACACCACCAAGUGCAGUUUCUAAACCAACAGCGAUGGUUCAAGCUAAAGUGGGGGGGAGAGAAGAUCAGAAACAACAUAUAAAAGAUGUGAGUCCAAACAGGGAGCGAACCGAGGUGGAGAACACGAUUUCAGCAUCCAACACUGUUCAGAGGCCAAGUAAUAAACCUUCCCUCCCCCCUCCUCUACAUUCAGACAUGAAACAGCAACUGAACUUUCUCAAACCAUCCAGGCGGACUUCCAGCCAGUAUGUAGCGUCUGCCCUCUCUAAAUACACGCCAAGGACCUCAACUAAGCCUUCCAGCAUCCCUAAAAUCACUGACUCCUCUGAGUCGUUGAAAACAGAGAAGGCUGCUGGUUUCCAGAAAUCGGUGACUCAGUUCCAAUCCUCUCAUGCAUCUUUGUCAAAUAUUAUGGAGAAUGGCUCUAGUUCCACAGUCGCUGUUCAGUGUCCCAAGAGGUCCACAAGCGUCCCAGAGUACAUAUCAGAUAGACAGAGAGACUCUGCUGAGGUGAAAACAAACAGGGAAAGAUUUGAAAACGAUGCAGUGGCCAAGAAAGGUUUGGAUACAGCUGACAAAGAAAAGGCCAAGAAAAAUCACAGUCAGUACAAUGGAUCUCCCCAGAUACAAGUCAGUAGCAACAGUAAUGGUGAUUACAUUAAACACAUUCAGCCUCAAACCCUGAGCCCAGCAAGGAGCAGUGCUCCACACUCGUCUUCCAGGCCACCCAUAGCCCCAAAGGUCAAAGCACAAGACCAGAUAAUAGGAGUACGGAAUCCAUUGAAGGAAGUAAAACUUCAAUCCUCAAGCACGGUACCAGACAACAGCGAGACGCCUGGGUCUGUUGCAGGAGUGACGGUGUUUGGGCCUGUUAAAAAGUUCAAACCUGUCCUCUGUAGAUCUGUUGAGAAAGAGACAUCUCUGCACAGCAGCCUGAUGGAGGCAAUCCAGACAAGUGGAGGCAAGGAGAGGCUGAGGAAGAUAUCCUCUACGACCAACAAUGAGAAGAAAGUAGCCCAUACUGAAGAGAUCAAUGAAAGAUCUGCUCUUCUAGCUGACCUUAGAUCUCAGAACGUCAGCAGACUGAAACAGACUAAAUCUAAGGCUGCCAGUGAGGUUGAGCGGUUCAGGAAGGAGAGCUCAAAAGAGGAGAAAACAGUGGGCUUAUCCCCUUCCCCUCCCUCUUUGACCAGAUCUUCCCCUGGCUUCACUUCACCACCACCUCCUCCACCUAUGAGUGCACCUCCACCACCACCUCCUCCCCCUCCUGUAUUUUCCCAGGGUAAACCUAACCCUGUCGGUCAUGUAAAUGCCAAAGCCCCCUUGAAUCCUGCCCUGGCCAGGGAGGCAUUGCUGGAGGCUAUUCGCUCUGGAUCUGGUGCUGAGAAGUUGAGAAAGGUCUCUGCCCCCAAAAAGACUGUCCAGGUGAACGGCAGACUGGGAACUAUUCAUACAACCUCAUCAACAAUCCUUCAGCAUUGAGCUGGUGGCUCCCAAAUCACUGCAACAGGGAAUCAAGCUGGAAUGUUGUUGUUAAUUUUUUUUUAUAUAUAUAUAUUCACAUUAACUGUUAAAGCAUUCCUGGACUGAGUCACUGGACGGUUUAGAGAAGAUUUUGCACUACAAUGGCUUAACAAAUAGAUUUCCUACUUCAAGCUGUCUAGUUAGACUGGAUAGAGCAUCUGAUGCCUUAUGUUUAAAACAAUGUUGUUUUAAAGGAACAGUUUAGUGGGGACAUUAUUAAGGCAAAUAUUUGUUUGUAGCCUUUGCAACCGACUGAGAAAAGAUGUCAAUGGUAAAACGUCUGUCGUUAAAAUGACAUCCAGCAUAUGAGAUGGAUCAGCCUCACACAGCAGCGUUUCGGGCAAUGGUUGUAUCUAGUGUUAUACCAUGACGAUGUUUCUGGUUACGUCUCGCCAUUUGUACGAAUCCAUUCUUGUAGCACAUUGUGCAAAAUGUGCCAAUGAGAGCAAGUUUAAUGGUACACAGAACUUUUACUUUAUUUCUGUUCACCUUUCUGUUUGCCUGUACCGCUCUAAGUUAUGGAUGCCUUGCACAGCUGCUGAAUCAGUGUUAUGUGUUUGAUGUGUGCUGCGUAAAUCCUAGAAUGAGUGCAAUAACGGUGUCUGAUGGUGUCUUGGAGUAUUUAAUAUUUCUGCAAAUGAAGGUUAUUUGGAGCAUUCCACAAGGAAAUGAUGACUAGCAAUGCUUGGGUGUUUUUUUUUUUUUUUGUUGUUGUUGUUUUUUAAUACGGUCCUAGUUGCCACCCUCCACACUUUUAAGAUCUGAGGUGGAGGUCAUUACAGAUGACUCGCUUGUGCCUGUCAGUUUAUUUUGUUCAUUUUCAAGCUUCUUAGAAGAUAUUUUUGCUGCUGUUCUUCAGGCUUUUUCGGUACUCUUUUUGUUAUUUUAAACAAUGUCGAAGAACUUUUGAUUUGUUGACUAUUAAUAAUUCAUAUAGUCAUCUAGUACAUUAUGUAUAGAUGAUAUAAAUCAGCUGCCUUAGAGAAGCUGUAGGCAAACGUGUGUAUUGCCUUAAUUCCACCUUUUCUUUUCUGCACUCUUCAAAGUUAUAUUGUGGGGAAUCCAUUAGUUUAAUUCACCCAAUAAAUGUCAUUCCGCA